AUGGCGUUCAGCAAACGAACAUUUUCCCUAUAUUCCCUUCUUCUUGCGGCACCCUCUUUCACAACAGCAUUCUACUUACCGGGUGUAGCACCCACCUCGUACGACGAAGGACAAUCGGUGCCGCUGUAUGUCAACCAUCUCACCCCAGGGCUUGCGCAACAGGACGAGCAACUUCAUUCCGUGUUUUCAUACGACUACUAUCACCCCGCCUUUCACUUCUGCGCCCCUGAAGAUGGACCCAAAUAUAUACGCGAAUCGCUAGGGAGCAUUUUGUUCGGGGAUCGAAUUCAAUCGUCACCCUUCGAGCUCUUUAUGGGCAAGAACGAAACGUGCAAGGCUGUCUGCAAGGAGGAGGCCAAAUUCGAUUCCCGUAGCGCCAAAUUUACUAAUCGGAGGAUUGUACAAGGAUACAACUUCAAUUGGCUUGUGGAUGGACUUCCCGGCGCCCAAAUCAAUGUGGAAUCUGUCACCGAGGCCAAAUUCUAUAACCCGGGCUUUGCACUAGGAUCAUUGAACGAUAAUGGGCAGGCGGUCUUGAACAACCACUUUGAUAUCUUUAUUGAGUACCAUGCCGUAGGGUACGGAGCCAAGGACAAGUAUCGGGUGGUCGGUGUGCUCGUUCAGCCCGACUCCCGUGGGAAUUCCAAGGUUCAGGGAGAUGGGAGCGUGGACUGCGGAUCCAGCGACGUCCCGGUUAUUCUGGAUGAGGAUAGUGAGACUGGCGUCACUUGGACAUACAGCGUGUACUGGCGUGAAUCAUCUACACCCUGGGCUACCCGCUGGGAUAAGUAUCUGCAUGUCUACGAUCCGAAAAUCCAUUGGUUUUCCCUGAUAAACUCCGCAGUGUUCGUGGUCUUCCUGGUCGGCAUGGUGAGCAUGAUUCUAAUUAGGGCUCUCCGGAAGGAUAUUGCCCGGUAUAAUCGGCUGGACAUGAUUAACCUAGAGGAUUUGGAUGGAACGUCGGCCGCUGUGGAAGAUGGUAUCCAAGAGGAUUCUGGCUGGAAGUUAGUACAUGGGGAUGUCUUCCGAUGCCCGAAAUCUCCUUUGUUGUUGAGUGUACUUGUUGGAAACGGUGCACAGCUUUUCAUGAUGACGGGCGCCACAGUUCUUGUCGCUCUCUUUGGCCUUCUAUCUCCAGCCAACCGUGGUUUCUUAGCCACAGCCACCCUUCUCAUCUACACACUGUUUGGGUUUAUUGGUGGUUAUGUGUCCGCCCGAGUAUACAAAUCUUUCGGCGGAGAAGCUUGGAAGCGCAAUAUUGUCAUGACCCCCGUGCUUGUUCCCGGUUUUAUUUUUAGCACCUUCUUCUUGCUUAAUCUGUUCGUAUGGGCGAAAGGCUCCAGCGGGGCUGUGCCCUUCGGCACUAUGCUAGCUCUCGUUGCGAUUUGGUUCGUCAUCAGCGUACCGUUGAGUGUUGCGGGUAGCUGGCUUGGAUUCAAGCAGCGUGCUGUGGAAGGACCCACGAAGACAAAUCAGAUACCCCGCCAGGUCCCUCCCAUGACUGGCAGUCUUCGGACCAUCCCUUCGUUGCUGCUAACAGGUAUUCUUCCGUUCGGAGCGAUCUUUGUGGAGCUAUACUUUAUUAUGACGUCGCUUUGGACCAACAAGAUCUACUACAUGUUCGGUUUCCUGUUCCUCUGCUACGGGCUGAUGAUCAUCACAACUGCGGCUACGACGGUGCUUUUGGUAUACUUCCUGCUGUGCGCAGAGAAUUACCGAUGGCAAUGGAGGGCAUUCGCUGGCGCCGGAAUGACUGGUGGCUAUGUCUUCCUCAACGCACUGCUUUUCUGGGCAACCCGAGUGAGCUUUGGUGGUUUUACGGGUGCAGUGCUCUAUGUCGGCUACUCCGCGCUGAUUGGCUUCGUUGUUUUCAUCUUGACUGGCUCGAUCGGCUUUUUCGCAAGUUGGGCAUUCGUACAGCGCAUCUAUGGCUCCAUCAAGGUUGACUAAGUGUCUUACCGCUGUAUUUCCUCAAUUGACCAGACACCGCGCUUGGUGGCCUCUCCUCUUUACCUCCGCGCCAUAUAGAGUGAUGGAGGCUCUUUUCUUUCCCAGUCUUGUUCCGAUAUCCCUGUAUAGCUUGCGCGCAUUCGUAUUUCCUUUGCUAACCCCAUCCGAUGCAUUGUCCACGACCUGUACAUAGAGUAUACGAGAAUGCUGUUUCCAUGCUUGGAAGAUUGUUUGGCGCUAGUGGAGCGGGUGGGAUUUGAUACAUUCAUGUGCACAAACAAGGUGAACUGAAACGUAUUGUAUGAUAUAUG